UCACGCGCGCAUCUCCCGCCUCCCUUUAGUUCCGCCGCCCCGUUGGCCACAGCGCAGCGCAGCUCGCGCCACAGAAAAACUCCACCACCACCAGCCACGCCAUGGCGGAGGCGGACGGCGACCGUGGCGUCGCUGCCGCCGCCGCCGCCGCCGCCGUCGUCCACGACGACGUCCUAGAGUCUGACGAGGAGGACUUCACCUUCGCGGCGGCGGCGGCUGUCACGUGUGUGGUUGGAGGCGGCCGCAUCGGCGCUGUCGUGUACCCGGUCUUCGGCCGCCCGCGGUCGCCGCCGCCGGUGCAGGAGGUGGAGGAGCCUGACACGGCCACCGUGCGGGUGCCGCUGGGGCAGCUUCUGCUGGAGGAGAGGGCGUCGGCGCCGCCGUCGGGGGAGCAGGCCGACGAGGAUGGCGUUCUUGACGGCGUGCCGGCGGAGACGUACUGCCUGUGGUCGCCCGGAUCACCCGCGCCGGCGGUUUCUAACUCUCCGGCGAGGUGCCAGAAGAGCGGCUCGACCGGGUCGGUCCUCCGGUGGCGGCAGCGGCUCAUCGGGCGGAGCCACAGCGACGGGAAGGAGAAGUUCGUGUUCUUGAGCUCGGGCUCCGACGUCCGUAGUAAGGGGAGGACGACCACGACGUCGCGCGGCGAUGCCGGUGGCCGUGGCGGCGGCUGGAGAUAUUACGCGAGUGGAGGCGGCAAUGGCGGUGGCCGGAGGCCGUCGUUCCUCCCGUACAAGCAGGAUCUCGUCGGCUUGUUCGCCAACGCCGGCGCGUUCCGCCGGAGCUACCACCCGUUCUAACGUAUUGUAGCGUUCUUUCUCGCUGAUCGUUUGCUUAAUUAAUUCCUUAAUUAUAUAUAUUUUUGUCAAGUCAUGGUGUGACUUCGGAUUGCCUUGUGGUAGAACUGAAGUGUGACAGAUUUGUAGUAGCAGAAAAUCUUUAUGCAGAUUUUUUUUGUAUGUGGGUAAUACUAAUACUUAUGUAUAUAUCGUGGAUUUUGUAUUGGUUUGAUCA